AGAAUUUAUUGGACCUUUCUUUGUCUGCUUUCUUUGAAUUUCAAUAUGCUGUUUUGAAGUCUCAUGGCAUGCUUAGACAUGUAUAACAACUCAGAGCACAGCGGUCAUCCCUGCACUCCAAUGAGCCCCAGAAUCUCCUUCUCGAGCGAUUUUGUUGAUGUUCAGCAAGCUAUCAAGCAGGAAAGGCUUUCCAGAGACGCUCCAGCUUCCCCAGACUUCGAGUUUUCUGUCACAAACUAUUCAAUGAUGAGCGCCGACGAGCUUUUCUAUAAAGGCAGGUUGUUGCCCUUCAAGGAUGAACGCAGCAACCAGAUGCAGAGGACCACCACAACUCUCAGGGAGGAGCUCCUUCAUGAUGAUGAAUACGAAGAUUUCUCGCAAAGGCCACCCAAGGGAUCAUCCUCAAGAAGGAAGGGGUUUAUGGGUCUUAGAAAAAGUCAUUUUGGCUCCAAGAAAGCUGAUAAAAGUGAAGGUUCUUCGGACGCAAUGGUUGGGGGAAGAAGGUCUAGAUUAGUGAAUGAAUCUGCUCGAGUUAAUGUGACUUCCCAGGAUUCGUUGAAUGAUGGAAGCUCAGGCUCCUAACAUGAUAGAAGCAUGGUUGGAAGCGUUGAAUUCUUUGAGGAAAUUCCUUCGGUUUCAGGGGAGGAUUGACAGGGUGGGAAAAUGAAGGUCAUUUCUUUAUUUUGUUCUGUGUUUUCCCUGGGUUGAGAUGGUUCGACUGAUGAUUUGUGCUAGGAUUUUGCUUUCACCUUCGAUUCAUCUUUGCUGAAUUCGUCCUAGGAGUUAGAUUUGGGCUGUUUAUUGUACAAAUUAUUUUGCAGUUGAAGGAACUUCAUUUUGGGUUAGCAUAAA